AUGAAAUAUGUUUCUGAUGGAAGAAAAAAUAGUUGGGUUAAUAUAGAUGAAAGUGAAGAUAAAGAAAAGAUUAAAAAUUAUUUUCCUCAAUUAAUUCAGACGUUCUGUAAAAUGCAUCAUUUUGACUAUAAAAAACCACAAGAAAUUAGAAAUAAAUUAGUUGGUCAAAUAACUAAUAACCCAUUUUUUAAUGAAUUAUUAUCUACUCCACUAGGAGCUCAAUCUGUAUUUUAUGCAAUUAAAAAGAAACUCACUCUUGUUGUUCCUUUAAAUCCACCUCCUUUAUCUGUUGAGUUUCUAGCUUCACAUAUGAUUUAUAGACAAGGUGGUAAAAAAGACUUUGUUUCUAUUAAUGGAAUAUAUGGAAAGAUAGAAUCUGAAGGACUAUCUCCAUACAGUGAUCAAUUAAUACCAUUUCCUAUGGUUAUUCAUCCUGAACUUAUUAGUGAUAGAUUUUUAUUUGAUAAAAUGAAACCAAAAAUAACUCAUAUAUCUGAUGGUGGGGCAUCAAUAAUUGAAGGAUGUUCAUGUGAGACUUCAAUAGGAUUUUUUCCUGUAUUAUUUAUAUCACAAACAAUGAGAUUUGAAGGAUGUGAAUGGGGAUAUUUAUCAGAAAAUGUGACUAAAGAAUGGAAAUUACCUAUGUACUGUCCUGUUUGUAUUCAAGAAAUUGAUGUUAAUCAAAUGAAUAUAGAAAAUAUCCAUGAAGUAACUAGAAAGUAUAAGUCAAAUAAGUCACUUCCUAAACAAAUUUUUAAUGACGUAAAAUCAAGAAAAGAAGCUGAGGCAAAAGAAAAAAGUCGUCUACAAAGAAUAUUUAAAGAAGACAAUGUUAUGUGGUUAUAUUCUAAUGUUAAAGAAGAAGAAAAUGAAAUAACUCAAUUAAUUGCAGAUUCAAUGAAAGAUGAAACAGUGACAAUGUAUAUAAAUGCUACAAAAACACAAUUUCCAGACCUUGUUAAAGGGAAAUCAAUGGAAGAACGUGCAAGAUUAUUACAACGAGUUGUUGAUGGAGUAAAAAAGAAAUUACCUCAACCUAUUCAAGAACGAUUUAAUAAUAAUCUAACUGAAUCAGAACUUGGAAGAAAAAUUUUAGAGAAUAUCUUUAGUUCAAUGUUAUUUGAGUAUAUUUGGCCACCUUGUUAUGAUAAGUUUCAGACAAGUAAAGAAGUUGUUAAUGAUAUGAAACUUGAACAAAUAAUUAAAAUUCAUCAAUUUAUUCAUGCAAGUCAUUUAGAUGUUAACUUUCUUGAUGAACCUUCUGGUCAAAAAGGAAUUAGACAAAUAAUUGGAAUAUUAAGAAAAAUGAAUAAUUUUAAAACUCCAUCACAAAAACUUAUGCAAUUAGCUAAUGCAUUUAAAGUACUUCAAUCAUUAACUUUUUCAUUAUUACCACCUGGUGAUUCAGUAACUGCUGAUAUAUUAUUACCUUCAUUUAUUUACAUAGUAAUUAGAGCAAAUACAACCCAUCUUGCAUCAACAUUAUCUUAUCUUUCUGCUUUUUCACAACGAGGAGAUGUUAAUGGAGAAUAUUCAUAUUAUAUUACUAAUCUAUAUGGAGCUAUAUCAUUUUUAUUAGAGAUAAAUGGAAAUAAGCUAACGAUAGAACAAAAAAUAUAUGAUGAUGCUGUAACAAAAAUGAAAAAAGAAAUUUCACAACAAAGAAACUUAUUUGAUAUUAAAAGAGAAAAUGGAAUUGCUUUAUUUGAAAGAUUUAAAACUGCAGAAACAUUCAAUGAAUAUGAUAAAAUAGAACUUUUAAAAAAAUAUCAAAUGAUUAUAAAAGAGAAUGCAUUAAUGAAAGAAGAAAUUUCUAAAUUAUAA